CUUCUCAAUCCCGUCGUCUCCUCGUGCCAAUCCCGAUUCGAUAUCUGAUCAUAUCCUCGUGCCAAUCGAAUCCCCUCCUCUUGAACCAAUGUCGGCCUCUAGGGCGCCGUUCACGGCGUCGGGCGGCGGCGGGGGCAGAGAGCAGGCGCAGAAUCUGCUAGAGUUCGACUACCUCGUGGUGAUCGAUUUCGAGGCGACCUGCAAGAAAGACGCGCGGAUCUAUCCGCAGGAGAUCAUCGAAUUCCCGUCCGUGCUCGUCGACGGCGCCACCGGCCGCCUCGAAUCCGCGUUCCGCAGGUACGUCCGUCCGCGACACCACCCUGUGCUAACCCAGUUUUGCAGGGACCUCACCGGAAUCCAGCAGGCGGACGUCGACGGCGGUGUGGAUCUUGCCGAGGCGCUGCGUCUGCACGACGCUUGGCUGGAGGCGGCGAUGGCGGGGAGGCCAUGGGCCAAGAAAUGCGGCAGCUUUGCCGUGUUGACUUGGGGAGACUGGGAUUGCCGCACCAUGCUGGAAUCGGAAUGCCGGUUCAAGGGGAUCGCCAAACCUCCCUACUUUGACCGCUGGAUCAACCUCAGGGUGCCCUUCGAGGCCGCUUUCGGCGGCGGAGGCCGGAUCAAUCUCCAAGAUGCGGUCAAGAAGGCGGGGCUGGAGUGGGAGGGCCGCCUCCACUGCGGGCUCGAUGAUGCGCGCAACACGGCGCGGCUUCUUGUCGCGGUUAUGCAUCGUGGCGUCAAGCUCUGCAUAACCGGCUCGCUGGCGCCGCCGCCCCCGCAGCAGCAAAAGAAGCCUAAGGUGAGUCCGUGCAAUGGCGCCGCUGAUGCGUGCUUGUGCUACUGUGGAGUGGCCAGCAGAGAAGGCAUGGUGGCGGUGCCAGGGCCGAUGCAGGGGAAGUGCUUCAUGGGGUGCGGCAACUGGACGCCCGCCAUGGGAGCCCUGUGCCCCUACUUCGUCUGGUGUGGCUACUGAAGAACGAAGGAUUGAAAUUUGAAGGAUAGCGUUAGUGAAUUGGUCAGAUUCAAGAUCAGUUGUAGCGUGGCCGAUUCUUUAGUGUGAAUUGGUCACUGGGUUAGUGUCAGAUGUAGUAGGCAUCAAUGUCGAUUGUAAAGUGGCCGAUUCUUAGCGUGAAUUGGUUACUGAAUUCGUAGCUGAUUUUACCGUAGUGUUAGUGCUGUUCUUGAUGUAACGUGGCCGAUUCUUAGCGUGGAUUGGCCACUGGAUUCGUAGCUGUUUUGAUUAGUCUUAGUGCUGUUCUUGAUGUAGUUAUUAUAUGAAUUAUUAAUGGAUUAUUUGGGUAAAUUCCGUGGUUGUUCUA